UGAAAGAGUGUGUCCAUGCAUGAGUGAGAACAAAGAGGACGAGCCAGACAGAGCGUGUGCACGUGUGUGCGUGCCACACUUGAAAGCAAAAACUUAUACCUCAGCAAAAAGCGGAGAAAAAGCUGCUGACAACCACAUUUUAAUAAUGUUGUGGAUUUAAAAUCAUCUGGAAAAUGAAAUCACUGGACUGAAGCAGAAAACAAGGCCUGGAGCAGAUCAUGGCAGGACUGUGUAACCAAUCACAGAACAGCAACUUCACCCAGGGCUCUAACUCAACAUCGGAGUACAGUGAUGCGGAACUGGUACUGCUCGGGGUUGCCAUGGCUGUUCUGGUUCUGGCCAUAGUUUUUGGUAAUGUAAUGGUGAUUACAGUGAUUCUACGGUUCCAGCGGCUCCAAACAGUCACCAACCUCUUCAUUGCUUCACUGGCAGUUGCUGACCUCAUCAUGGGUGUGGUUGUGGUCCCCUUUGGCUCCAGCAACAUCCUGCUGGGAAUCUGGAAAUUUGGAAACUUCAUGUGCGACUUCUGGACAGCAACUGAUGUGCUGUGUGUGACAGCCAGUAUUGAAACCCUGUGUGUGAUUGCUUUGGACCGCUACCUGGCCAUCACCUCGCCGCUUCGCUACCCAACUCUGCUCACCAGGGGUCGGGCCUUUGCAGUGGUGCUGGCUGUUUGGGCCGUGGCCUCCCUUAUCUCCUUCCUGCCGAUCUAUCUGAAGGUCUGGGUAUCGGAUGAUAUCACGGCUCUCAAGUGCUUGGCUGCCGAAGACUGCUGCGAGUUCAACACCAACACCGCCUAUGCAGUGUCUUCCUCAAUAGUGUCGUUCUACCUGCCGCUGGUGGUGAUGAUCUUCCUGUACAGCCGCGUCUUCCAGGAGGCUCAGAAGCAGCUGGAGAAGAUCCGAGGCAGGGAGAAGCACCUUUAUAAUCUGCACUACUCUGCACAGGUGCCCAGUCCUGACGAUAGCCCUGCACUGAAUAAACUGAGGGCGGGAACAGAGGCGGAGGAAUCCGCAGGAGAGGACAGACUGAGCAUGCAGCAACCAGGAGAUGUAGACACUGAAAAAGAGGACAAGGGGGACGAUAACAGAGGAAGGACUGAAAAGUGGGAAGGAAGGCUCUCCACAAAGCGCCUCAAGUUCUCUCUUAAGGAGCACAAAGCUGUAAAAACUCUGGGGAUCAUUAUGGGAACCUUUACUGUGUGUUGGCUACCUUUCUUCAUCCUCAAUAUCCUCACAACUUUCAGCAAUCUUGGGGAUAGCAAGGUGGCCGUCAGAAUCCUCAACUGGUUAGGAUAUUCCAACUCAGCGUUCAACCCGCUCAUAUACUGCCGCAGCCCUGAUUUCAGGCAUGCCUUCCAGGAAAUACUCUAUUUGAGGGGCAAAGGAGGACGCUGGGGAGGGAGGAGAGCCUGGGGGUGGUGCAGUAGGAGAAAUCACUUCUCCAAAUCCCCACGAAGGCAGAACGGGACCUCAAACCUGGAUGGUGUUACGGGGCAAGACGUUCAACAGACAUCCAGGUUUAAAGGGAGUACGGGGAGCAGCAUUCAGGACAGCUCACCGACUCUGCCACCAAGUUCUUUCUCUGAGCAGGUUUUAGACGUGGCUCCAGGGUCUCUGGUGGACUGGCAGGCUAACAGCUCCGCCAGUUGGAACAGUAAGGAAAACCUGGCCUCAAUUGCUUGACCAAGUAGAAUAUUGGACUAAACAUUGUUAGCGUAAAUCUGUGCAGUAACCACCAGUGUAUUUAAACAUACAAUGUUUGAGUUUGUUGAGAUAUACGAACCAUUUCACUCUUUGUAAGUAUGUGUUGUUAGGUGAUAUUUUGUCAGUCUCACUGUGGUUUUACUCUUGAUCACGGUUCCCCUUUAGUGCAAGACUGGUUCUUUUCUUUGUUUUCCAUUUGAACUUCUCUUAAUAACAGAGCAAAACAGAGAAGCCAGUAUUCUUUUUAAGGAAAUUUACAACAGCUACGUUGAGAGAUUUUUGACAGAGGUUGUUUUUGGAAGUGUCGGUACUAUCGGAAAAUGAAUACUUUCUAAUAUUAAUUAUUUUUCCAACAUGAAAAUUAAAAUACCAUACAGUCUAUAUAAAUAAUGCUAAAUAGCCUCUGAAAUUGAAAUAAAUGAAAAUAAAGCAAA